AUGCAGCUCAAUGCGCCCCUGUACGAAGACACAGACCAAAUCCAUCCCAGUGACAAAACCGCCGAAUUAUCCUACACCCUUGUGACUCAACCAAUCCCCACAAACGCAUUAGGAUCCAUGGCGGAUAUGAUCCGCGUGCGAGUCGAGCUGUUCGAUCUACAGGGCAACCUGGUGUCACCGGACGCAGUGCUCGUGGACCUUCUUGUUUACCAAAAUGGAAAGUACGGCAUGACCCGUAUCCGUGUCGAACCAGCUCGUGGCAGCGAUCAGGAAGGUACUUUCUAUCAAAAGAGUCAACUGUGGGUAGUGAACUACUGGAGGACCCAAUUCGGUUCCAUUUUCGAUCAGUCCAGGACUAGGACGAUGGGGCUACCCCACGAUUCAGCCCCGAUUAUGGAACCCUCCGCCCACAAAUGCGCGAUCAAGGCCAUUGGCAGUGGCACCGCAACCGACUCUACUGCCAAGACUCGUUUUUUCUCGUUCUGGGCUACUCCAGCUCAUCUUCACCACCAUACUGAACACCGUCCUCACUACAGCUACCAUCACAAGGAUUCCUCUGUCCGCACCGUCCGUCCCAUCAUGAUUCCUGCUUUGAUUGGCACUGCCGCUGGCCUGAUGGCUUGUUUGAUCGGGUUCUUCGUCGGAAGCCUGCUGAUGUCCUUGGCGGUGCGCCUCGGAUGGCAAAUGGUACUAGACCAUAGAUCACGGAUUGUCUCAGUCGAAGAAGGCAUGGUCUCUGAAAAGGCCGCCACAAUGCCGCAAGAUUACGUGACAGUUAUCUUCGAGUCGAAUAUAUGA